GUGGCGCCGGAUGGCUCCGGGUGUGGGGGUGGGUUGUGGCUGGACUGUGUGGGGAAGGGACGGGGUAGAGGGAGCCGGAACAGCGGCAUGAAGACGCUUCCCAUCCUCAGCCCCCACUCCCCCCGUCCGGGGCGAGGGGCAGCGAUCAGGUAAUAGGGACCACAUUGGCCCCGAAGGCUUGGCCAGCUGAUGCCCUGCAGGGAGAAGACAGACAGGCCGCUUGUGGAAGCAGCAGGCGCUCGGUGGCUGAAGAGAGGAAGAUGGGAUAGGCCAGGCCCGACUCAGUCUCUCCACCCAGUUCCACGGUUAACAUGAUGACUGGCUGAAUGUGCCCGACUUCUGAGAGGAAAACUGAAGCCCGCAGAGUGGGGGGGAGGGGUUUUGUGCCACACCCCUUCCCCCCCAGGACUCCUCCCCUCCGGUCCCCCCUUCCCAUCUGCGAGUACACUCCUUCUCGAACUUUGGACUUUGGUAAAGGAGCAGCAGGGAGAGCAACAGGCCACAUUGUUUGGUGCAGAUGGGUUCAGUUCCUACUUCUCUGGGAAGAAGAGAGCUUGUGAGGAUCCCAGAACCCCAGACGAAGAGGAUCCAGGCGGCGAAUGCAGAGAAGCGGCCCACAAUCUAGGCUCACAGUCUAAGGAGGAGGAGCAGGAGAAGCAGUGUGACCUAGCGAGAAGCAGCAUCAUCAUCAACUGCCGUCGAGUCGUUUCCGGUUCAUAGCGACUUUUAUGGAUUUGUCCAGAGAGUUUUCUUGGUCCAUGGCUGCUGUCUGAGCCCGAGUCUAGGCGGAACCCCCUCAGACGGAGGGCGGGGGGUGCCGAGCAGAGGAAGAGCGGCGGGAGGCCCCCUCUCCCUAGCUGCCAUCCCCGCGCCACACUCCCCGCCCCGGCCGCGGGGCCAGGAUGCUGAAGAAGCAGCCUGCGGGGCUGGUGCUGUGGGGCGCCAUCCUCUUCGUGGCCUGGAACGCCCUGCUCCUCUUCUUCUUCUGGACCCGUCCACCCCCCGGCGGCCUCGCCCCGGCCGCCCCCUUCGCCGACGACCCUGCCAGUUUAACCCGCGAGGUGAUCCGUUUGGCCCAGGACGCCGAGGUGGAGCUGGAGCGCCAGCGGGGGCUGCUCCAACAGAUCCGGGAGCACAGUGCGCUGUGGAGCCGGCGGCGGGCUGGGGCGGCGGCGGAGGCUGAGGCCACGGCAGGCAGCCCCCCUGCCCACCCGCCCACCACCCCAGCCCCUCCCGCCCUCCCGGUGCUGGUGAUCGCCUGCGAUCGCAGCACGGUCCGCCGCUGCCUGGACAAGUUGCUCCACUACCGACCCUCGGCCGAGCGCUUCCCCAUCAUCGUCAGCCAGGACUGCGGGCACGAGGAGACGGCCAGGGUCAUCGCCUCGUACGGCGACGCAGUCGUGCACAUCAAGCAGCCGGACCUGGGCGACCUCCCCGUGCCCCCCGAGCACCGCAAGUUCCAGGGCUACUACAAGAUCGCGCGCCACUAUCGCUGGGCCCUGAGCCAGAUCUUCCACACCUUCAAGUACCAGGCGGCCGUGGUGGUGGAGGAUGACCUGGAGGUGGCCCCGGACUUCUUUGAGUACUUCCAGGCCACCUACCCGCUGCUGCGGGCCGACCCCUCACUCUGGUGCGUGUCGGCCUGGCACGACAACGGCAAGGAGCAGAUGGUGGACGCGGCCCGGCCCGACCUGCUCUACCGCACGGACUUCUUCCCCGGCCUGGGCUGGCUCCUGCUGGCCGAGCUGUGGGAUGAGCUGGAGCCCAAGUGGCCCCGGGCUUUCUGGGACGACUGGAUGCGUCGGCCCGAGCAGCGGCGGGAGCGGGCCUGCCUGCGGCCCGAGAUCUCGCGGACGCUCACCUUCGGCCGCAAGGGGGUCAGCCACGGGCAGUUCUUCGACCAGCACCUCAAGUUCAUCAAGCUGAACCAGGGCUUCGUGCCCUUUUCCCAGCUGGACCUGUCCUACCUGCAGCAGGAGGCGUACGACCGGGACUUCCCUGCCCGGGUGUACGCCGCCCCUGUGCUGCGGGUGGAGGACCUGCAGGGCAACCGGCAGCGGGAGCUGGGGGAGGUGCGCGUGCAGUACACCAGCCGGGACAGCUUCAAAGCCUUUGCCAAAGCCCUGGGGGUCAUGGAUGACCUCAAGUCGGGUGUCCCCCGGGCUGGCUACCGGGGCAUCGUCAGCUUCCUCUUCCGGGGCCGCCGGGUGUACCUGGCCCCGCCGGAGGACUGGGCCGGCUAUGACCCCAGCUGGAGUUAGCUGUGGGGGGAGGCCCACCUCGCCUUCCUCCCCCACCUCCCCCUGCCGCGGGAAGAGCCGGAACCCUGGGUUGGAUAUCCUCCUUCUCCUCUUCCUCCUCCUCCUCCUCGGUUCUGUUUUCUCAUCCUUAUCGUUGCUGUAUUUCUCCACCCUUUCCGAGUGGCAUUCGAGUGCGUCUUCUCCAGGUUGCGGGCAGGGAGGGGUGGGGGCCACGUCGUCAGGACAGACUUGUGGAGCCACAGGCCAGAGCUCAUCUAAUGGGGACGGAGGAUCCUGCUGGCUUGCAGCCAGGGAGGCAGGGCCCAUCCUUCGUGCUCUGGGGUAUCGUCUGUUUCCACUCCCUGCCUGAGAACCUGCACCCUCUCCCCCCAAGGGCCGGCAGGGAGGGGGCUAACAGCCCUGCUCUCUCCCUCCAGCCUCCCCUCUGGGGUUCCCCUCAGCAGUCCUGUCCCUCUUGUCCUGGGUCCACCCCAUCCCCUGGCGCUGGGAGGCAGAGCUGCUUGGGCUCCCACCCCCAGAGCCUGGGGACCGUGAUUGUGGCCAAAACAAGACACCAAAGGGAAGUUGGGCUUGGGUUGUUCAAUGUUGUCAUUUUUCUUUCUCAUCUCUCUCUUAAGUCUCUUACCAUCACCUGCGUGUUUUGAGGUCUCCUCUUUUUUCUCUUGCUCCAACCGGAGCCUCACCUUUGUUUCUCUACCCCUGCCCCCCCACCCCUGCUUCGGUCAGGCUCCCUCUGGCUUUAAAGAAAAGAAAUUUGGGGGUGGGAAGAGUCUUUCCAGUCUCUGGUGUGAUGAGGGGAGGGGUGAAGAUAAGGAUAUUUUCAUCUGUCUCAGUUCCUCCCAGUUGCUUCUGACAAGACUGGAUGGUGACUCUGGCCAAGCCUGGGGAAGAGGAACCAGAAUCCUCUCCCCUUCCCCCCUCAACAUACACACUCCCACCCCCUCCAACCUCUUCCUCAGAAGACUGGGUCUGAGACACUUUAGACGUUCACUCUAGGAGCUGCUUCCUCUUCUGGGACUGACGUGGCUUGACUUUUCUCCCCCAGCAGUGGAAUACUGAGAAGUGGGGAAUGGCCAUCUGCAGCACCCCUCCCCCCCAAAGACCUGAACCCAGCAGACCAGGGGGUGCCUACUGGGCUAAUGGGGGGGCAGCUCAUGUCUAUUUUUUUUUGUUUCUUUCCUUCCAGACCUUGACUCCAUGGAAGAAAAUUUGAAGGUGCAGAAUUAUUUUCCACAAUAAAAUAAAGGCCAACCUAA